GAGUGACAUAUUCUCUCUCCCGAGACUUUCUGAAGGAAUAGUCUGCAGGUCUAAAUUUGCCAGAUGACAAGUCAUCGCUACUUAAAAGAAUAAUCGCUCCUUGAAAAUGAGAAUGGAUCUAACAAUAAAUGGGUCUGAAGAGUAUAGCAAAAUUAAUAAUAUUUAUCAUUUGGAUCACGAGUCGAUGUUUCAAGCACGUUCUCGAUUGUUUACAGAGGGAAGCACUUUCUCAACAGACGUUAUGAGAAUACGUUGUAUAGGUUAUACUGAUCGUGCGUUUUCAUUGAAACGAGUUUUGCUGUUAUCUAAUAUUUUAAAAAAGUAAAAACUUUAAGAACUAAUUAUAUAUAAAAGUUCUUUGGUGUCUCGAGAAAUAUAUGCCACGAAAAUAUCUAGUUUUGAAGUAACGUUUGUGUGAUCUUAACACGUGCCAAAAUGAGUAAAAGAAAAGGAUUGCGUAGCACUCAAAAUAUGGGAGAAAGUAGUGAUAUUUUCCUAUCGCAACUUGGUCCGAGCACUCGGGCAUUAUCACAAGAAUCUGAUCGAAGAACUCAAAGGAAAAAUAAUAGUAAUAUGUUGCUAUCACAGCCUAGCCCAAGCAGUGAUAUUCUCUUAUCACAACCUGGUCCAAGCACUCAGUCUAGUAUGUUAUCACAAGGAUCUAAUCGAAGAACUAGAGCUAGUGCAUUGUCACAAAGAUCUGACUCAAGCAUUCGGACUAGAGUAUUGUCACAAGAAUCUGACUCAAGCAGUCAGGCUAAUAGAUCAUCGCAAAGAUGUUCUAAAAACUCAGACAGAGAAUCAGCAAAUUUGCAAAAUAUGAUGGAGCACGAGCAAGCACCACUUAUUAGUAGCAUAAUAAGAUAUAUACUUGUGGCAGAUGGAAAUAAACAGGUUAUACAGAAGAAUCAUAUCGUUAAAAACAUACUAAAUGGAAAUAACAAACUAUUUCGUUCAACUAUAGAUGAAGUGAAGGGACAAUUAUUUGCGGUGUUUGGAUACAUAUUGAAGGAAGUGGAAAAUAAUAAAUAUAUAUUGAUAAAUGAUAUAGAAAAUCAUCUUCCACAUCUAUCGUAUAACGACAAUAAUAAGCAGGUGCUAUUGUUCCUUGUGCUUGUGCACAUUUUUAUGCAUGGUGAAUCUUGUAAACAAGAGAUAUUGUGGGACUAUCUUCGCAAUUUGAACAUUAUAACUGAAAACAGUUUCCAACAUGAAUAUUUCGGUGAUGUUAAACAAUUGGUGUCGGUUGAUUUUGUAAAUCAGAGAUAUCUUGCAAAAGUAGUACCAGAGAAGAAUGAGUUGUCAGAUUUCGAAUAUGUAUGGGGAAAUCGUGCGGAAAAUGAAAUCACUUAUCGUUCCUGUUUGGAAUUUGUGGCAAAUAUAUACGGCAGCCCCCUAAAUAAGUGGAGAUUACAAUAUAAAGCAAUGAUUGAGCAAGAAAAAAAACGAUCAUCAGACGUUUCAGAAUAAAGUUAUAAACAGUUGCUAAAAGAAAAAGCCCUAAAGCUGCAGAGGAAUUAGAGUUUGUGCGCAGUCUUCAACUUCAAGUGAAAACACAAAACAAGCUAAAUCGCAUGCAAACUACACGUGAUCGGAAUUAUCUAUAUCAUCUUUAUUUGAAACCAUCUCAAUAAAAAACACAAAUGCGUAUAAGUAAACAUUUAACUAUCCGUAC